CGCCCCCCAGGCUAGUGCUGGACGUUGUGAACACGUGAGUCCACUCUGAGCUGGAAGCUGCGUUUAGCGGUUCUUUUAUCCGAAGACAGAACCUGGAUGUACGUGCAGCAGGUGAACAGCUCAGACUACGAACACAACUUUACGGUACUUCCCCAGUCGGUGCUGCUCGUGUGAUACUUCGGCUACUUUAAGCAGGACCGGUCCAGUAACUCUGGGUGUUGCUUGUCCUCGUCUUCCAGUGAGGAUGUCGACCACGUCGCAGAAACACCGGGACUUCGUCGGGGAGCCGAUGGGAGACAAGCCGGUGACGGCUCUGUCUGGGAUCGGAGACUCUCUGGGAAAGAAGCUGGAGGAUCAGGGCUUCGACAAGGCCUUCGUGGUUCUGGGUCAAUUUCUUCUAUUGAAGAAAGACACUGAGAUGUUUACAGAGUGGCUCAAAGACGCCAGCGGAGCGAACUCCCGCCAAGCUGGAUCCUGCGCUCAGUGCCUGAAGGAGUGGUGCGACGCCUUUCUCUAAGCCCCGCCCAUCAUCCAUGGCCACGCCCCUCGUACCUGCGACUCUGCACCUGGAGCCUAAAACUGAGCUAAUAACGUUGUCCCGUGCUGCUGCCGCUUCCAGGUGAAUGUUCAGCCUCAAGCCACUGGAUGAGUGUUAACGGCGCAGUGAGAUGGGCGUUUGUUCACCAUAUUUCGUUGAGGAUAGAUAAGUAAAAUAAAGUAAAGCACUGAAGCAGAA